GGCUCCCGUUCUGCCGGGGACUUUGGUUAGAAGUGAGAUUCCCGCCCCUCGGCCUCGGCCACGACCACUGUGGUCUGAUUUCCCCACCCUUUCCCUGGGGCUUACUCACGGCCAUUGUUGCUGUCCCCUCCGUGCGUGCGUGGGCCCUCUGCUUCCCUAUCACGCUGCGUGGGUUCAAAGAACGAGGUCAUCCAUGCGUCCCUUGUCUAACCUUUAACCCUAGCCGUGGGGGUUGGGCUCGUUAGUCCUGGACACGCGCGAUCAGCUGAUGAGAGCGCGCGACGACCGACCGUUGGCGGGGUCGGCGGUGCGGUUUCUCCGGCUGAUGGGUGAGGACGCGGCCGUGGAUCUCCGCCCUGGGCGGCCACGGGGUGGGGCCUGAGAGCGGAGUGGGGGUGGUCGGGAGCCGAGGAGGAGGGCCGGGCUCGAUCGAUCGCCGGUUCUUCCCUCCCCGGUGGAGAAGUGGGGACGCAGCUGUUUCCGCGAGGAGAAAAUCUCCCCGAGAGUGAGUUUCUCGGCUCUGACCUGUGGCGUGGCUCAAACUCAAGGAAACUGUGAUAAAUACCCCUUCGUGGUCGGUUUACAACCUCAUCUGUACCUCUAUUCUCACGUUGUUCUGUGCAUUUCCAGUGUAUUACAUAAUAAAGACACUGUCGCUUGUAGGGAAGAUGUCUGAGAAACUGAGGAGAUGCAGAAAGGAGCUGACUGCAGCCAUCGACCGGGCCUUUGAAGGAGUCAGCCAUUCCCAGGAGUGCUCGGGCCGCCCGCGGGUGGAGCCCGACGCCGCCCCGCUCUCCUUCCCCCUCCCCGUGCACCGGCUCCUCUGCCGGAGGCACCCGCUGGUAGCCUGCUCUUCUGCGGCUCCAUUCUCUCCCAUCCCUGGCGCUCUGGAGAACGAGAACGUGGCUUUUGCACCAAACUAUGCCCCCGUGAAUGCAAAGCCCCAGGCGCUCUGCCCCAAAAGAAACCCUCUGAGCAGCAAGGAAAACAUCCUGGUGCGUUCCUCCAUUUUGGCACCCGAAAGACAGUUUUGGCGAGCAGCAGGAGAUGGGGAGAACUGGAAAAAAGACAGUCUAAGGAAUGAUACAGAGAAGGAUGUGAAAGUUGACACAAGCAUCCCACUCAGUGGUUCCAGCCAAGAGGUUACAAAGGAUCUGCUUGAUAUGAUUGACCAUACAAGCAUCCGAACUAUUGAAGAAUUGGCUGGUAAACUAGAAUUUGAAAACGAGUUGAACCGUGUGUGUGGCCACUGCGAAGAUUCACCUUUCAAGGACGAAGCCUGGGCCUUGCUAGUGGAUGAGAGCCCUCAGAAGGCCCCGGACGCAGACUCUGGCGGCCUCAGGCAGGCUUUCGAUGACCACAAUAUCGUGGAGACUGUUCUGGACUUGGAAGAGGACUACAAUUUGAUGACCUCUUUUAAAUACCAAAUUGAUUCAUCUUGGCAAGCCAAACAAUCACUGGAUUGUUUCCGUGGAAACACCAAACUGCAGUUUGGAUUAGCAGAAUCAAAAUAGAAACAAGGCAGCUUCAAGAAUAAAUAGGAGCUUUGGAACCGGCUAGUCGCCAACUGCAAGUUCAACUUCCAGCACAAGGCAUGUGAGAAGCUGGGCCCAUCCAGUUCUGUAAGGAGGGGUUUCCAGGUCCUCUGGCUGCAUCCUGCCUGCAGGGUCGAGGCCAAAAUCACUAGAAACCAGCUCUGUCAGUGUAUUGGUAAACUUUGUAACAAAACUUAGGGCAGGAGGUGGUCUGAAGAAGCAAGGAGAGGCUGGGAACUGGAGGAAAAGACGGGAGAAGGGACAGAAAGGAGGAGAGAUGAGUAAAUGCCAAGUGAAGGUCCAGCAGAGAGCAGAGGCCACAGCUGAGGCUUGAGAGUAGAGCAGCAGUUCUUUCAAGAGGACAAUUCAAGGGUGGCCAAGGACUGGAAACAGCAACCCCGCCCUCAGCCCCUUCCAGAUUUCAGUGUUUCCCUACAUUCCUGGGCCUGGCUGUCUAGCCAUAGAGAUCAAGACUAGAGCCUGAAUUCUUGCCAGGUAAGCUCUGGGGCACUGAUGGUCAGUAAGCGUCUGCCUCAGUGUGGCUCCAGCCAGCAUAAUCAGGCACACAAGCUUACCUUCUCAUCUUUAAGUCUCAGGGCUGCCCACCCCCUGCUCCCCUCACCAGGGGAGCGGGGGAGCCACCUCUUGGCCCACCUGCCCUGCCUCCUUAACAUUCUGCUGCACCCUGCAUUUCCAAGCCCAGGGAAGACUCUCAAGGGGGUCAGGAGACCAGGAGGAUGGAGACAGGCCACCUGGGGGACCUGUGCCCCUCACCUUGGCAUCCAGGUAUGUGCUGGUAAGGUAGCACCAUCCUGCCACAGGAGAAGCCGUGAGCUGUUAAUGAUCAAAGAAAUUGAUGAAAAGGAUUCCCUCCUCCUGAAUGAUGGGCCAGGGCUCACCCUCUAGCAGAGGGAGCCUCCUCUUAACCGAGGCACAAGAUGUUUGAUACAGCAGAGAAGGCCAGUGAACCAGAAAGGGGAGCCGGGGAGGCCACCAAACCUGCUUGUGGGUCGUUAUUGAAAAGACUGUCAUCCGGAGACAAUCUGAGGCUCUGGUAAUUUGCUUUCUCCCUGGAGUACGUGGGAGAACAUUAAUAUUUUAGGUUCCUGCUAAAUAUUUAUAGAGGGAGCAAAGUUUUAUUCAGGAAAUCUACUGACAAUGGAUUGCGGCUCUGGUGGGGAAGGACUUCCUGUGCUAGGCCAGCUGGAAAGUGCCUGAUUCGAUGAAGAGUUUUGGCCUAAGGCCUGGCAUGAAAAAAUAAUUUUAAAACCUGCUCAGCUCUUGUAGGAAGCAGCUAUCUUUUUUGAGGGCAAAAAUGCUGUGGUUUUCUGGGUACUUUGGGUGGGAGCUGGCCUGGGAGAGAGGAAUGGGCACCUUAUAGGAGACCUGUCGUCAGGAGCCCUUUGGAACAUCUGAGACGAAAAAGGGAAGUUGCAGAGGGCUACUGGAGAGACCCAACUUUCAGGACAGGCUGCCAGGAGCUGUUUGAUAAGCAAGCUGUCCCUGCCUUUAGUACAUAUUUGUCAGUUGUCUCCUAGUGACACACCACUCCUGGAUGCUGAGAAUACAGUAGGGAUGAGGUGGAUGCUGUUCUUUUAUUUUUUACAGCUGCUGUUCUUGCUUCUGAGUUUAUGUUCCACUAUGCAAGGUGGGCAAAAUACAGAUUUAAAGUAUCAUUUCAGAUGGAACUAUCUGAGAGAAAUGAAAACACAGUAAGGGAAUGGGCAACGAGGAGGGCAAGCCCCUUCAGAGACCUCUCUGUAGGUGAUGUUUAAAUUGAUACUUGACUGUGAAGACAAUUAGGUGCUGCAAGUGGCUUCUUUUCCAUCCUCAGACUGUAGCUGGGGUUGUAUAGAAGGAGGAGCCCCUAGGUGGGCCCUGGGCCAAUAGACCUCCCACCACAUCCGCCCCUGUGUAGCUACAUACAUCUCUAUCAGCAUCCAAAGAACCAAAAAUGUGUGCUUCAGGGAUGUGCUGGGCUGUGUCAUGCUCACCAAAUUUGGCAGGAACAUAAUAGUUGGGUUUUUUUUUUUUAAACCCUUAGGAAUAAAAUAAGAAAUAUAAUAUCCUUUCCUGAUGAUUACUAGAGACAGGCAGUGUAAUUUAUUUAGCCCAGCCUUGUUAGGUGUUAAAUGUACUGCUUAUUCUACAAAAACACCCAGCUCAUGUAACACUGAGUCACUCUGGCCUUUUGACUUUUAAACAAAAUAAAAUACUUCUAAAGAAAUAACAGGAUUUCAUAACACAGCAGAAUUAAGGAAGAGAGGGUUCUGCCUUGGCAUUCUAAAGUUGGAAGGAAACAUCAAUGAGAAGGCCACAGUCAUAAAUGUUGGUGGAGUUCUCUCAACAGGGUCUCAGCUUUGAAGUAAAAUGAUUAAACUUUUCAACUUAGAGCAAUAAAACAUUUCCAAAUGCA